GGUCAGAACGGAAGAGACGCUGCAAUCCCGCACAAGGAAAGGUGUCUACAGGUCCAGUCUGAAUGCCGUGUCCUCGGCUGCCCUGGCUCCGCCGCCACCGAACAUCCCAGGGCUCUGGCCCCAGCUCCCCAAGUACCGUCUCUGCUCCUAACUCCCCUAGCAGAGGCGAAGACGAGGAUGCAGAAGAGGAGGAGGGCGAUGGCACCCCUGGCUCAGGCCCCAUUCUGCCCCCUACAUCCCCCAUGGAAUGUCUUAUCUGCGUGUCACCCUUCGACGGCAUUUUCAAGCUGCCUAAACGCCUGGACUGCGGUCACGUAUUCUGUCUCGAGUGCCUGGCACGCCUGUCGCUGGCUACUGCGGGUGGCGGCGAUGCAGUGGCUUGCCCCAUGUGCCGCGCGCCCACACGCUUGGCCCCGCGCCGGGGGCUGCCCGCUCUGCCCACACAGCCCGGUUUGCUGCCUCGCGAUGCGCGCGCGCCACUGCCACGCCAGGGUUCUGUGCGCUUUGACCGACGCCGGGGUCUCCUGUACCUGCGGCCACCACCGCCGUCUCCCGGGCCGCGAAAGAGCCGCACAGUGCGUGCCCCACCGCCUCCACCCCCGCUUCGCCUCGGCCGCCCGCUGUCACGUCGCCUGUCCCUGAGCAGUCCAGCAUGGGCUUUCAACGCAGCAGUGGCGCUAGCUGUGCUGGUGGCCGCGGGUCUCGUGGUUUCUGGUGUGUACAUCUUUUUCCUCAUUCCUCAUGUCACCAAUUCCGGUGUGCGGCCUCAGACUGUGGCGCUGGCCCCCGAAAAUGACUUCUGGGUUUCACCGCGGCCCACGCCAGUGGCGCCCUGGACCCAUGCCUGGACACGACGCCCCACAAAGCCUGACCUGGACCUGGACGAUACCCUGCCAGAGGCUACCAAGGACACGCCCGAGCUUGAGGAGGCUACCAAAGACCCAGUAGAGACUCAGGGGAUCCCGGAUUUACCACCAGAUCAAACACCAAAGGCAGAGAUUGAUCUUAACUGGAACCCGAAGGCUCAGGCUGAUGGGAAGAAGGUGCAAUUGCAGCAAUAAAUGCCUCCACGCUGCAGGCCCAGUCUCCUGGCCUGAGGGACUUCUGUGUCAUCCCGGAAGGCAGUAACAAAAUGCAUACUAAAGUGCCCAUUUCUCGGAAUUGGGGACUGGAAAGACAUGAACUCUUUCAAACCAUGCUACAAGAAUCCUCUGAGGACAUCUUUAAUUCCCGUGACCAUCCAGCUAAAGGUACUCUCUCUGGCCAUGACCUUAAUGAACGGCAUACCUUUGUAGGUCUAGAUGGGGUGCCCCUGAUGUUCAUCUCUGUGGAAGUCCAGCCGGCCUCUUCCCCAGUGUCAUCUACACAGAACUGUGUCAGGGUCCUUUAGCAUUGGUCUUGAUGGAAGGCUGUUAGGAGCACUUUAAGUUAUACCAGCACAGACCCCUGCUGGAGACACUCCUGGCCAGCUCUGGGGACUGAAGGAUCUGAUCUACUCAUCCUUUGGGCUCGCCGCAGGGGCUUGGGGCACCCAUCUGGGUAGCACAAAACAGCUGUUCUGCUCAUGCAUCCUCCUUCCCACAGCCAGUCUGUAAACUUCAGCACUUGCACACCUGACCAAGAUUCCAAAUUGGAGGGGCGAAUGUGGACUGGCUAGGGCUGGGGAAAGCCUUGACUCCUGAAGACUGGCUCCCAAUUGAGAUGUCAAUUCCAAAUUGAUCUAGGAACUUCUCUGGACUUCGGUUCCUGGGUCUGAUGCAAUAUGUUGUGGACUAAUUGUUGUCAUCAAGGCUUAGAGAGCCAAGGCCUCCUGUAGCUCAGACAGAAAUAUUCAAUGAGGGAAGGUCUGGUCCUCCCUAGCUAACAUGAGAAAUGCUGUUAGCUACUCCCGGGCUCCAUCAGCUCUGCGUAGCCUUCCUUCUGCCUCAGCUAAAGUCUAAGUCUUUCCAGUGUUCACCUCUGUGGUAGAUGUCUCCUGUCUUUCUCCCAAAAGCCUUCUUUGCUUAGACAGAGUAGGAGGAAGGCAGCUACUCUCUGCAUAGGCUGAUCAAAGGGCCUCUGAAAACCAUGUCCUACCUCACCUCACCUGGCAAGAGACACGGUAUAUUAAGGGUGGGCAGCGUUUUCCAGAAUGAAAUGUGACUUCUAUGUAUCUGGAGGCUUCUGAGUGGUUUAUUUACCUGUAUGUCCUCAGCACCAGGCAUCAGUUGAUUCAGAACAGUUGCCAGGGAGUGACUGCAUCAUGGAUGACGGAGGCAGCCUGGGAAUGCCAACAGGCACACUAAGCUUGUAAGCUCCCAGCUGCCAUGGGCCCCAGCAUGUCUGUUGGAGCAACUCAGCUGCUUCUUCCAGGUAUGAAACCAGAGGAAGAACAUCAGGGAACCCAGGGGUGUAUCUUCCCAGACCAGUUCUUGGCUCACACUUGGGUGCCAACAUCACCCACAGGGCUGGGAUCAAUGCACUGGAUCACUGGAACCACACUGCCCAGCUUCACAGGCUGAUCCAGAGGGGAGCAGAGUGAGUGGUCUGGGUUAGUUUCCUCUGGCUAGUUUAACAACUUAUCCCCAACUCUAUGUCUUAGAGCCACAUACAUUACCUCACAGUUCUGCAGUCCAGAAGUCUAAAAUCCUAUCAUGGGGCAAAAACUGAAGUACCUGGAAGAUAGAGGCAGGAAGACCAGGAGUUCAAGGCUACAAGUGAGUUUGAGGCCAGCGCGGUUACAAGAGAUCCUGUCUUAAAAUAAAAACCAAUCAUCAAUCAAUAAAGUUAGGGAGCCAACAGUCCCAUGUCCUCCUGAAGACUCUGAGGGAUUCUAUUUCUUAGUUUUCCAGUUUCUAGACUGCCUUCCUUGGCUUGUGGUUCCCUCAAAUCCAGCAUCAAAACAUCAUCAUAUGUCCUUGACAUUGGAGCUAUCUUCUUUCACUUAUAAAAACAUUAGGAAUGCUCGCUUCGGCAGCACGUAUACUAAAAUUGGAACGAUACAGGGAAGAUUAGCAUGGCCCCUGCGCAAGGAUGACACGAAAAUUCGUGAAGCGUUAAAAAAAAAAAAGGAAUAUACUGGACCCAUCUAUCCAGACAAUCAAAGACAAUUACCCAACUCAAGAUUUGUGUAUGGGGGUACGGGAGAUGCUGGGCAUUGAACCCAAGUGCUCACAAACGCUAAGCACCCUUCUACUGAUCUACAUUCCAGUCAUUUUUUGAAUUUUUAUUUAUACUUUUAAUUAAAAAUUUUAAUUAUG